UAACCCCCCGGAAGAACCGCCCGGGACCGGGCGGGGAGACAGACAGCAGCAGGGACAGAGAGGCCUCAGCCCCGGGCGCGUGUUUUUGCGUCGUCUCUCCCUCUCCUGGAAACAGCUGUGGGGGAGGAGGAGCCUGGAACGAAGCUGCCUCCCAGUCCCGGAGGAGAGAUCCGUAUAAAAACUCCCCGCACGGCCGCACCGCACACGCCCAUCUCCAAUCACACGGAAGCAACCCAUCUCCAGUUCCACUAUUCCAGUGCGCAGUGGCCGUGACCUGGCCGCCGCCGCCACCCCUGAAGAUCAGGAGCACUGCCACCGCCGCCGCCGCGUCGUCGGUCAGCGAGUUCAGGCUCAGCGUUCAUCUCGGGGGAUCGAUCCAUCAUCGGAGAGCUAAGGGUAAAUUAAACAAGGCCUCAUUUUCCUUAGACGAAGACCAAAACCGCAGACCGCACUCAUUUUCCGAUUUAUUAGAAAAAGAAAACCACAUAACAGCUAGCAUGCGUGGUCUUGGGCAAAACAAAAAAAAAAAUCGUAUCGGUUUACGCGUGACAAAAACGAAAACAGCAGGGUGUGAUGGCCUGGGCGAUUUGCGUUUUUGGCAUGGGUGGAUUGAAGGGAAGCCGCGCGGCAGGCCAACCAGGCAAAACCAGCAUGAAGCUCUCCUUGUUCCUGGCAGCUGGGUGCGCCAAUCACGGGGAAUAAUAGCCGCCAUGUUUAGCCCUCCAGCGCAGCACGCGCACGCCAGGCCAUCGUAUAAACUUCGCAGCAACCCCCGGCGAGAGUCUCCCGGUGUGGGACCGUGGCCGUGGCUCGCUGCUCCUCACGGCGAGCAGCGAGACGCGCCGCCACGGUCUACACCAGCCGGUGCAUGCACACCGCGCGCGCGCGCCUUGUCGAAUCCUGCUGCGGUCGCCGCCGCCGCCGUCGACGACGACAACUCUCUGGUCUCUGAUCUCUUGCUCCCCCAGGUACAUAAUAUAAUAUGCUAUAGAUGUCCCUUCAUUACGACGAUUAUGUUAAUUAGUUUAGCUAAUCCCAUUGGUACUAAUCACGGCGCCGCCGUAUGUAGAGUGCUUACGACGCCGAGAACAUGCAUACUAGUUUCUUCUAUUUAUCGCCGUAUAGUUAGGUCCAGCUGGCGGUACCAGUAGCGUGCAUGACGACACGGGCGGGCCGGGGCGAGAGCGCCGCGUCGUGUCCGACCUGGGACCGCAAGCGUGUCGAUCACUGGUGGGGGCCGGGGAUUACGGCGCAGAUUACGUGAGGCGCCGUUUCUGUUGAUUGGCAACAGCUAAUUAAAGUACGUGUCGAUGAUCGACCGGCUGCCAGAGCUAACCAUGCAUGCAUCCAUAUCGAUAUGAUGUUCAGGAGCUAGCUCCACACCGGCCCAUUUGAUUUGAUUUGAUUUCACCUCCCCCACCUACAUACGAUUGAAAAUCCUUGACGCAAAACAUGCGUUCUCACACGUAUCAAUAUGAUGUUUAUUUUGGUGCCACCUGCGAGAUCCAUAUUCCUGCAUGCAUCAGUCAGUUCCGUACAUCACCAGUCGCCCACCUGCGCUUAUAUAUCCCGAAUCGAUCGAUCGAUCACGACGACGACGUGGACUAGUGCUAGCUGCUCGCUGCUCCGGCGAGGAAAAAAAAAGAAUUCGGUGAGGUUGACGCUUCCUUGUCAAUACUGCACACAGCAUGCAUGCGCGAUUGGUCGCGUCCGGCAGGGUGACGACGGCGACGGCUCUCCAUCUUCGUCUGGGCUGGCCUAGGAGUAGCAUUAUAGUAGCUACUAGUUGCUUUCCGAUUUGAAGUUUGCAUGCACACCUGGUGCGCUCCGGCACCGCAGAGGUAGCUAGAAGCCAAAGCCUCCAUGGAUUUGACGACGAUCCUUCAUAUCCUCAUUUCCUAAUAACGGUGGUGGUGUGACCACUACGGGAGAGAAUGUUUAGCGUGCCUAGGCCUGUCACCGAUAUCGAUAUGGAUGAGAAAUUUGUUGCUGAUAGUAUAGUACUGUCGUAGCUAAAUAUGUGUAUUUGUUAACACGCAAAUGGCACUGAUGUGGCGCCUUAUUCCCGAUCGAAUGCGAUGAAAAGAGAGUUGGUUACGAGGGGCGGUGGGGUUUCCAACAGCCAACGAAAUCAUUACUAGUAGCUUACAUCUCGCUGACUUUGGGCAUGACGAUCGAGGACGUACGAGAGAACUCACGAAAGAAGAAGAGACGCGUUACAGUCACACGGUGUGAGCCUAAUAAACACAUCCCCCAAGAAACGUGGAGGAUCCGGAGUAACCCUAAAACGGUGUCCCCAUAACGAAACAACAGAUCAGUAACAGACGCCUUGAUUCGCUGGCGUACGCAUCCGCAACGGGCAGGUGCUGCUGCUGGCACCACGCACCCCCACCCACACGCUCGUCCGAUCCAGGCUCUCCUCCAGUCAGGCACCCAUCAUCAUUGCCCAGGCCAUUUUAAAAGCCCCCCCAGCCCCGUUGCCUGCCUGCACUGCACAUGCAUGCUCCGGUGGAUCGGUCUCCCCCCUGGCUGCUGCUCGCUUCCUUCCAUGAUCGAACAAAGGUUCUGCUAGGUAGGGUGUUGAUCGAGAUCGUUUCCUGGCUGUCCAACAACUCGAUCCGCAGAGCACAAGUGUCCAGAUAUCUCCUGCUUGCCAGUGGUAUACUAGCUUAUCUUACCAAUUCACGGAGUGUUUUGGUCGAGGUUACUAAAGUUUAACAGGCUGCAGCUGUAGGACUUCAGAGAGUGUGGUGAGUGAGCCAUGGAGGACGACGCCAACAGCAAGACGCACCGCGCGGUGCCGUCGCUGCUCGCCGACGUGGAGAUCUCCGACCUGGCCGGCUUCGACGUCACCCCAACGCCGAGCCCGCACGCCCACGACGCCCCCACCCCGACCCCGAGCCCGCGCCCGCCCAAGAACCCGUCACGCCCCGGGGUGCCGCCGCUAGACCGCGUGACGCGCCGCAGCGAGGUGGUGCUGCCGCCGCUGGACUCGCCGUUCCAGGCGCCGGGCUACCGCUCCGUGCAGCCGGUCUCCAUCAGCCUCCCUUCGUCGCCCAGCGGCUUCGGCGUGCCCGCCGGCGCCGCCGGCGACUCGGCGGACGGCCUCCGGAGGCAGGCCCUCCUGGCCAACGCCGCCGCGGCGCGCGAGCCGCAGCCGCAGAUGCCGCCGCCGCCGCCCGCGCGGGAGAACGGAGCCCGGUCCACGCACCAGCCGGACAAGGUGGUGUUCCGCUCGCAGCCCAUACCCGGCGGCCACCCCCCGCGCGCCGGCAGCAGGACGGCCCGAGUCGCCAGCAGGGUCAUCAGCCGGGACAAGCGCUAUGACUCCUUCAAGACCUUCUCCGGGAAGCUCGAGCGCCAGCUCACCCACCUGGCCGGCGCGCCGGAGGUCCACGAGGAGGAGGAAGAAGACAACGUCAUCGCCACCACCAGCCGCACCGCGUCCAUGCCCAAAGUUGAUCGCUUCUUCGCCGCUCUCGAAGGCCCCGAACUCGACAAGCUCAAGUCGUCGGAGGAGCUGGUGCUGCCGUCGGACAAGACGUGGCCGUUCCUGCUCCGGUUCCCGGUGUCGGCGUUCGGUAUGUGCCUGGGCGUGAGCAGCCAGGCGAUCCUGUGGAAGACGAUCGCGUCGUCGUCGCCGACCAUGUUCCUGCACGUGACCCACAAGGUGAACCUGGUGCUGUGGUGCAUCUCCGUGGUGCUCAUGUGCGCCAUCACGGCCGUGUACGCGCUCAAGGUCGCCUUCUUCUUCGAGGCCGUGCGGCGCGAGUACUACCACCCGAUCCGGGUGAACUUCUUCUUCGCGCCGUGGAUCGCCUGCCUCUUCCUCGUCAUCGGCGUGCCGCCGUCCGUUGCCAGGGAGCCCCUGCCGCAGUGGCUCUGGUACGCGCUCAUGGCGCCCGUGCUCACCCUGGAGCUCAAGAUCUACGGGCAGUGGAUGUCCGGCGGGCAGCGGCGCCUGUCCAAGGUGGCCAACCCUUCCAACCACCUGUCCGUGGUGGGCAACUUCGUGGGCGCGCUGCUGGGCGCUAGCAUGGGUCUCAAGGAGGGCCCCGUCUUCUUCUUCUCCGUCGGUCUGGCGCACUACACCGUGCUGUUCGUGACGCUGUACCAGCGGCUCCCCACCAACGAGACGCUGCCCAAGGAGCUCCACCCGGUGUUCUUCCUCUUCGUGGCGGCGCCCAGCGUGGCGAGCAUGGCGUUGGCCAAGCUCACGGGCGAGUUCGGGUUCGGGCCCAGGGUCGCCUACUUCAUCGCCAUGUUCCUGUACGCGUCGCUGGCGGUGCGGAUCAACUUCUUCCGCGGCUUCCGCUUCUCGCUGGCGUGGUGGGCGUACACGUUCCCCAUGACCGGCGCCGCCAUCGCGUCCAUCCGCUACUCCACCGAGGUGGACAACGCCUUCACCCAGACGCUCUGCGUCGCGCUGUCCGCGGUCGCCGUGCUCACGGUCACCGCGCUGUUCGUCACCACGCUGGUGCACGCCUUCGUGCUCCGGAACCUCUUCCCCAACGACAUCUGCAUCGCCAUCACGGACCACAAGAUGAAGCCCAUCGUGGAGCUGCAGGAGAGCCCGAGCGCGGACGGCAGCACCAACAGCAACGACAACGACAACGACAUCGAGGCCGGCGACCGUGGCAAGCAGUGAUCUAUGGACGUGUACAUCGCCGCCGCCUAUGCUGCUGAGGAAUUAGCAUAUUAUUAUAGGCAAUGCACGCACGCCCCCAAGUCGCCGAGCUUCACGCCAAUGCAGGCGUGGUGGGAUGACGCGAUCGAGACGCCGAGUUGGAGUUGUCGCUUGGAUUUGGAUCUCUCCAGGUGUUGCCUGCUUUGAUUCGAUGGUGCAGACUGCAGAGGGAUCAGAAGAGCAGCAUUUGAUCGAUUGCGUCUGUUAGUUAGUAUACUCUACUAGUCAGUACUGUAAAAAACUACUUGAAUGUACAGAGUGGGCUACGUUGUUUGAAACGCGGCCGGUUAUUUAUCUACUUAUUGCCAAAAGAUUAUGCAUGCAGUGUCGCUUUUACUUCGUUUGGCUGAUAAGCCACGGUAGGAAAUACUGUUGGCUGAUUUGUUGUGAGAGAGAAAACACUGUUAAAUGGCUAACAGAUUCGGCUGAUAAGUUCAAA